AUGUAUUUCAUCAUAUUGAGUCUUCUUAUUUUCAAGACUCAAUUAAUCAAAACAGAAAAUGCAAUGAUGCCAGCUAAUGAUCUUGAUUUAGUUUUUGAUCAUAUAUGGAAUGUACGUGAUGACAUGCUUAAGAUCUAUUUUAAUAUAUCAAAUUCAACAUUUAAAUCAUAUCGUUAUUAUUUCUAUGAUCUUCGUCGAUUUGCUUUGCCGGAUUCUAUUAAAUAUUUUCCACGGCAACGUUUAAUUGAUACACAAAAUUCACUGAAUAUUUUUGGUGUACACGAAGAUGAUUAUGUUUCAUGUGUAUCAUUUGUCGAUGAAUAUGAAAAUAUUUUUAGGCCGCGUUAUGGAUGUUAUGAAUUUACAAUAGGUGAAAAAACGAUCGGUUCACAUCAUGGUAGCAAGUCUGGCCAUUUAUCGCCAUUAUUAUUAGCUGUUGCUUUUGUUCUACAUGUAUUUAUAGCGAUUGUUCAUCAUAUCAAAGCAAAACACUAUGCGCGAAAUCUAUUACAACGUUUCAUUGAUGUCAAUCCGAAAGCAUCAAGAAAAGUAUUUAAUAUAAAAAGUUCAUUGAAAAAGCUCGAUCAUCCACGCGUUUCAGUAUCCGUACAGAGACGAUUAUCUCGUGUUUCAGUUGAUGUAGGUGUCGAUGAGAGAUAUAGUAUUGCAACGCAAAGUUCAACUGAUGAUACACCAAUUUAUGUUUUACCUCAUCAUAAUCGAAAAGUUAGUUUAGGCCUCAUGAAAACUAUACCUGAGAGCAUCGCGUAG